GCCAGCACAUCCUAUCAGUCCGAUUCAGGAAGCCGCCAUUACCUCGACCAACCGCCGGUCUGGUCGGCGAACCGACGGCGCUGUACGAUAGAUCUGACUUGCGCCGCCGACAACCAUCAGCAUGAGCAGCAGCCGCAUGGAUGCAGGGCUCCCAGCCCAGCCAAACCUUCGCGUCACGAUCAUCGCUGCCGACGGACUAUACAAACGAGAUGUCUUCAGGUUCCCAGAUCCUUUUGCAGUCGCCACCAUCAACGGUGAGCAGACCAAGACGACAACAGUUUCCAAGAAGACCCUCAACCCGUACUGGAAUGAGAGUUUCGACUUCAAGGUCAACGAGGACAGCAUCCUCGCCGUGCAGGUUUUCGAUCAAAAGAAGUUCAAAAAGAAGGACCAGGGGUUUCUUGGUGUCAUCAAUAUCCGAAUAGGAGAUGUCAUCGAGUUGGUCCCUGAAGCUGACGAUAAAAUGCUUACACGAGACCUCAAGAAAUCCGCCGACAACCUUGUGGUACACGGCAAACUGAUCAUCAACCUCUCAACGAACCUGACAGCUCCGACCCGCAUGCCACAACCAUCUACUGCGUCAUCCAGCAGGCCCUCCUUACUCAGUCCUCAAGCCUCUACUAUCUCUAACGGCGACCGAGCUUCUGACAGACCGGCCUCGGCCAUGUCCGGCCCCAAUGGCACGCCCGCGGUGGGGGCGCAAAUGUCCAUGCCCCACCGCCCGUCGAGUUUAGUCUCGACCCAGUCAGCCACUGCACCUACCGCGAACGGGUCGGCGCACCCGCGGCAGCAGACCACGACACUAAGCCCUUUCGAAGAUGCUCAGGGCCGAUUGCCAGCCGGUUGGGAACGCCGCGAAGACAAUCUCGGGAGAACGUACUAUGUCGACCAUAACACGAGGACGACGAGCUGGAACAGGCCGACAGGCACGGGGGCGGCCGAGACCCGCAACGCUGAGGCAAACACACAGGCCGAACGGCAGAGGCACCAGAAUCGCACGCUUCCUGAAGACCGCACCGGCUCGAACUCGCCGACUCUACAGGCGCAACAAGCGGCAACCCAGGCCGCCGCCGCUCAGACGAUGCUGCACACAGGAUCCACAUCUGCCGGGACGGGCGAGCUUCCUCCUGGCUGGGAACAGAGGUGGACUCCGGAAGGCAGGCCGUACUUUGUCGAUCAUAACACUCGGACGACAACAUGGGUAGAUCCGCGGCGGCAGCAGUACAUUCGAAUGUACGGUCCGCAAGCCGGCGCGAACGGCGCAAUCCAACAGCAGCCGGUUUCUCAGCUUGGGCCCCUGCCUAGUGGUUGGGAGAUGCGGCUAACCAACACGGCGCGUGUCUACUUUGUGGACCACAACACCAAGACGACGACCUGGGACGACCCACGACUCCCCUCUUCGCUCGACCAAAAUGUCCCGCAAUAUAAGCGUGAUUUCCGGAGGAAGCUCAUCUACUUCCGGUCCCAGCCAGCCAUGCGCAUCCUCUCCGGGCAGUGUCACAUCAAGGUCCGGAGAUCGCACAUCUUCGAGGAUUCAUUUGCGGAGAUCUCGCGAUUGUCAGCUACGGAUCUGAAGAAGCGGCUGAUGAUCAAGUUCGACGGCGAGGACGGCUUGGACUACGGCGGUUUGUCCCGAGAGUUCUUCUUCCUAUUGUCUCACGAAAUGUUCAACCCCUUCUACUGUCUGUUUGAGUACUCGGCGCACGACAAUUAUACCCUGCAAAUCAACCCGCACUCGGGUAUCAACCCGGAGCACCUUAAUUACUUCAAGUUCAUUGGGCGCGUCGUCGGCCUGGCCAUCUUCCACCGGCGGUUCCUGGACGCCUUCUUCGUCGGGGCGCUGUACAAGAUGAUGCUUGGCAAGUCGGUAGUGCUACAGGACAUGGAAGGAGUGGAUGCCGACUUCUACCGGUCACUGCAGUGGAUGCUGGACAACGACAUCUCUGGCGGGAUCCUCGAGCAGACGUUCUCGACGGAGGACGAGCGCUUCGGCGUCAUCACGGUCGAGGACCUCAAGCCGAACGGGCGGAACAUCGAGGUGACGAACGAGAACAAGAAGGAAUACGUGGACUUGAUGGUCAAGUGGCGCAUAGAGAAGCGCAUUGCCGAGCAGUUCGCGGCCUUCAAGGCGGGCUUCGAGGAGCUGAUCCCGCAGGACCUCAUCAACGUGUUCGACGAGCGCGAGCUGGAGCUGCUGAUCGGCGGUAUCGCCGAGAUCGACGUGGACGACUGGAAGAAGCAUACCGACUACCGCGGAUACACCGAGUCGGACCCGGUGAUCCAGUUCUUCUGGCAGACAGUGCGAUCGUGGGACGGCGAGCAGAAGUCGCGGUUGCUGCAGUUCACCACGGGCACGUCGCGUAUACCGGUCAACGGGUUCAAGGAUUUGCAGGGCAGCGACGGGCCAAGACGGUUCACGAUUGAGAAGGCGGGCGAGAUCACGAACUUGCCCAAAGCACAUACUUGUUUCAACCGCUUGGACCUGCCUCCAUACACGUCGCUGGAGAUGCUGCAGCAGAAGCUCACGAUUGCUGUGGAGGAGACGAUGGGUUUCGGACAGGAGUAAAAUAUGUUGGGCGGUCGGAUACGGGUUCUGGUAGCCUUUUUUCUUCUUUUUCUCGUUUUUGCAUUUUACAACGGUGUUGCGUUGGCUGUGGUCCUUUUUAAACCUAGCAGUACUCUCUACUUUUACUUCGUGUUCCUACGACUCGGGUCCUCUAAGCGCCUCCUGUAUAUAGAUUCAUGGAUGUACUCUGUUCACCUCCCGCUUUGAUUCGAUAUGUGGUACAGCAUAGAGGUGCGUCUUUGUAGCUCACCCGCUCCGAGGAACGUUUAUGAGUGAAAGGGGAGGGAGUCUUGUUUUGUAUUCAGUCAAUACAAGAAGUCACGACAGCCAGUGGUAACGGUAGAAAGCUCACAGCAAUGCCCAGUAUAGAAGACCAUCUAG